GUCCACACUCCUCCUCCACUUCUCCUCCUCCUUUUCUCCUCAUUGCGCACUUCGGAUCAUGUUUAUAAAACGCUCCUCUUUCCCACGCGCCAGUUUGCGGAGGAUUGCUUAUAUCGGAGGAGAAAGCCUGUAUCAGUGUGUGAGGAAGAGUUCGCGAGAAUAUCCGCAGCAGUGCAGGAUUCUCUUCAGGACAUGAGGGCUGGAUCCCUCCACGUGCCGGGCAUCUAUGGUUCCUCUCUCCUCUCAUCCCAUGGCAGAGGGACUGGUUCCCGUUGUGUGACCGCAGCGGAGCCCCCUCCCAGAGUCUCCCCCUGAUUCAUGAGCCAGCGGGAUGCCUCCUGUGUGCGGGCUCUCUCCGAGCGUCUCCUCAUAGCCUCGCACAAGGGCCAGGCUGACCAUGUGGUGCAGCUCAUCAACAGAGGCGCCAAGGUAGCCAUUACCAAGAACGGCAGGACGCCUCUGCAUCUGGCUGCCUAUAAAGGCCACAUUGCUGUGGUGAGGAUUCUGCUCGCCGCCGGUUGUGACCUGGACAUUGAGGACGAUGGUGACCAGACGGCUUUACACAGAGCAGCGGUGGUGGGAAACACAGAUGUCAUUUCAGCCCUCGUUCAGGAAGGAUGUGCACUAGAUAGACAAGACAAGGAUGGGAACACAGCGCUACAUGAGGCUGCGUGGCACGGCUUCAGUCAGACUGUGAAGCUGCUGGUGAAGGCUGGAGCGAACAUUCACGCCAAAAACAAGGCUGGAAACACGGCGCUUCAUCUGGCCUGUCAGAACGGUCAUGUUCAGAGCUGUAGAGUCCUGCUGCUGGGCGGCUCUCGGCCCGACUGCAAGAACAGUGUAGGCGACACGUGUCUGCAUGUGUCUGCCAGAUAUAACCACGUGAGCGUGAUCCGAGCACUCCUGGGCGCCAUCUGCUCUGUCACCGACAGAAAUCACACAGGAGACACGGCUCUACACAUCGCAGCAUCUCUGAACCACAGGAAGACCGUACGCAUGCUGCUAGAGGCUGGAGCCGACAGCCGCAUCAAAAACAACACGGGUGAGACUGCCCUCGAUCAGGCUCGUGAAAACAACAGUCCUGAAGUGGCGCUGCUGCUCACCAAAGCCCCGCAGAGCUUCAGUCGAGGACGCACCGUGAGGAAGAGGAGGGACAAGAUGAAGACGGAGGGUCGAGCACAGUCUGUCCCGCGGGAUGAGAUGCUCCUGAGAAAGUGUGACAGUGCAUCUCCAGCGCAGGACACUCACGGCAGCGACGGCUCUCUCCGCCGCACAGACAACAUGUUUCUCACAGAGCCACGAGCAAACAAAAACUGCCACAAGAAAGUCAGAGACAGGCUGGCUCCGUCAGAUGCCCUCAUUCACAGACCAAAUAAACAGAGCGAUCCUAAGAAGAGUAAGACUGAGAGAUCGUCUCCAUCAGCCGCUCCUCCUCCUCCUCCUCCUCCUCAUAACUACAAGGCGUAUCAGCUCUACACUCUCUACAGAGGAAAAGACGGAAAGAUCAUGCAGGCUCCCCUGAACGGCUGCAGAUGUGAGCCGCUCAUCAGUAAGCUGGAGAAUCAGCUGAUGGCCACCAAAGAGGAGAUGCAGUCGGAGAUCCACACCGUACAAGAGCUCAUGAACAGCAAGAUCGGCCAGAUGGACCGCAAGAGCAAACAUCAGAUCAGAGCUCUGGAUAAGAUGACAUUAGAGCGAGUGUCUGCCGAGAGGAUCGAGUGUUUACACCGCAUCGACAAGAGAGCCGUGCAGGAGCGUCAGGAGGCCGAGAAACGACAGAAAUCAGUGGUGAAGGAUCUGAAGAACUGGUGUCUUUCUAAGAUCCAGAGUUUGGAGACUCGUCUCUCCGGUGAGCGUGUCGACAGCAGGUUACAGCGCUCCUCGUCCCUCACAGACACACUGUCGGACUGCACCCCUGUCCUGGAGCCGUCCAGAGGAGUUCCGCACCCGUCUCCAUCAGCAGAGCACACAGACACAGGAGAGACGGUCGCCGCCAGCUCCUGCGCUGAGGACACACCGGCCAGAUACUACGUGAUAGAGGUGGACGCAUCAGCAGACAAGCCCUCGUCCCAGAAUCAGUCUGCGCCUCAGUCUCCUUGUAUAGUGCGUCCUAAGCAGCGCUCGAGGGCCUGCAGUGACCCUCACCAGCUGCGGGACGAAUCCGAGGAGCGGAGUGUGGAGCCCAGACCUGCAGCCGAGCACAGGACCAUCAGGAGACACAGAGCCAAGGGCAAACCCAGCACUCAGAGCCUGACGCUACAGACCUGUCCUGCCUCUGCAGAGGGGGCGUUCGCACAAGAGCGGGACAACAUGCACGCGCUGGAGGUCACGCAGUACUUCUUUGAGGCGGUGACCCUGCAGAUGGAGCGCUGGUACGAGAGGAAGAUCGAGGAGACGCGGCGGCAGGCCGACCACAGGGUGCAGGCUGACAGAGAGCUGCUGCUGGACCGAAUACAACACCUGGAGGACGAGCUGCGCCUGCUCAGGAUGAACACACAUGAUGGAUAGACAAACACUGGAGGAAAGACUUCUGGAGGAAAGACCUCUGGAGGAAACCGUUCUGGAGGAAAGACUUCUGGAGGACACAGUUUUGGAGGAAAGACUUCUGGAGGACACAGUUUGGAGGAAAGACUUCUGGAGGAAAGACUUCUGUAGGAAAGACUUCUGGAGGAAAGACUUCUGGAGGAAAGACUUCUGGGGGAAAGACUUCUGGAGGACACAGUUUUGGAGGAAAGACUUCUGGAGGACACGGUUUUGGAGGAAAGACUUCUGGAGGACACAGUUUUGGAGGAAAGACUUCUGGGGGAAAGACUUCUGGAGGACACAGUUUUGGAGGAAAGGCUUCUGGAGGAAAGACUUCUGGGGGAAAGACUUCUGGAAGAAACCGUUCUGGAGGAAAGACUUCUGGAGAGCAGGUAACACAAAGACCACACUGUAGUGGACUUCAGAAGUCCACGUUUUAUCUUGAGAGCAGACAGUAGGAGGGUCUGUGGUGUUUUCAAGCAGGAUUCUUUUAUUCAGGACUUGUGGUUGCUGGAGUCAUCCAAAUCUCUGAGGGAGAGUUGAGCCCGGCUCACACUGUGCCAUUUUUAAUAAUCUAAACUACUGUAGCUUGUCAGACUGCCAGGAUCUCACGAUCUCCAUGUACACUGUAGGACCUCAGUGAAGACGUGCCAAACACAUGGACACACAACAAAACUUGACAUGAUCCAUCCGUGACUUUUACUGUCCCGCAUCCUGACAUGAUACCUCACGAGACACAUUAACUGUAGUGGUCAUUUUGCUCACAGUGUGCCUGGAUGGUAAAGCCAGUAGUAAGCUGUUUUGACAUGUCCCUAUGGUGGUUUGAAGUUGCCGCAUUAAGUCAUCAGUUCCACCCUCCGCAUGGAUCUUGAAUUGCUGGGGUGGGGGGGCGGUGGUGUUAAUGUUGGAGAUUAAGAGUGGGGGGGUUAUUGGUUUCGAAAUGUAGAAAUGUUUGUAACACUGGCUUUCAGAGUGAUUUUAAACACUGUGUAUCAGUGAUGUCAUCAUCAGACAUCAGCCAAUAGCAUUCUUCUCUAUUGAUGAAGUAAACGUUUCUUUAAAAACGUUCAACACCAUUCAGAACACAAACCAGCCGACUGAUCUCUGUGCUCAAUGUUUUGAGGUUGGCUUUGUGUGAUGUUUAACGGCGCUGUGAAAUUAACAUGCCGUUUUUUUUUUUGGUUGUUAGUAUCAGUAUGUUAGUCUAUAAGCUAGUGUGCUCCAAAACAGUGACAAGAUUCACAUCUAGAAGAUAUAAACAUCCAAAGCUUGCAGUUUUCACUACCAACUAAAUCAAGCAUGUCCAAACUCUGCCCUGUCCUGCAUAGUUUAGCUCCAACUUCCUCCAAGUAUACCUAGAAAGAGCUUGAUUAGCUGCUUCAGGUGUGUUUAAUUUGGACUGGAACUAAAAUAUGCAGGACCCCUGGACCCCUGACCUAAAUGAAUCAGUUUUACUCAUACUUCAGUUCCUCAUUAAAUCUUAUGACCAAUCAGAUCUCUCUAGUGCAGGGAUGGGCAAACUCGAUCCUGGAGGGCCGGUGUCCCAGUUUUGCACCAACCCUAAUCAAACACACCUGCUUGUAGCUUUCUAGUGAUCUUGAAGACACUAAUUAGGGUGUUCAGGUGUGUUUGAUUAGUGUUGGAGCAAAACUCUGCAGGGACACCGGCCCUCGAGGAUCGAGUUUGCCCAUGCCUGCACUAGUGUGUAACAUGCCCCGCCCCCUUGUUCUCAUUUGCUGUUUAUUUGAUGCGCUUGAGCUCGACCACUCUCAGUCACUCAACACGCUAUUGGCUGUUUUUUAAAUGGGAGGAGCUACUUUAUGCCCCGCCCUGUCAAAACUCAACUAUACUGAGCUGUUGAGGGAGCACAAGCAUAAAUGACAUUCUCUGCUGUGGUGUGAAAAGCACAUCAGGGAAUCGGUCGAGCCCUAAGAGCAUCGCUUCAUAUAAAGAUUCAAUAUUUACGUCAGUUUCUCAACCACGUUCCUGGAGGACCACCAGCACUGCAUGUUUUGGAUGUCUCCUUUGUCUGUUACACCCAUUAUAGGUCUUUCAGUCUCUGCUAAUGAGCUGGUGAUCUGAAUCUGUUUGGUUAAGGAGACAUGGAAUAUGUGCAGAGCUGGUGCUCCUUAAUGAACAUGGUUGAGAAACACUGCUUUACGCCACAGUUAUUAUCUAAAAUACUUCAAAUCUUAGUUGUUUUAUUGAGAGCAUGAAAAUGUAAUGUUUUGAAAACUCCUCAGUGCUGUUACUGUAUCUAAAUAUGACAGAAACAUGAUGUAUAUCGUGUAUCAUGUGCUUCAUUACAAAGUGACAUUACUAAUGAUGCGUGACGCAGUGUUUUAGUCAAUUUCAUGGAUCUGUGGGAACAUCCUGAUAAUGUUUGCAUGCAAAACCUGCAUAUAUUUACUGUUAACAUGAUCAGAAGCGACCCAAAAACAGAAAAGUGAUGGUCAGUAUGAUGUUUAAAGUGACGUCUUCACUAGUAAUCGACUACAUUCAAAUGUUUGUCUGUCUUGACAGAUGUUAACCACUAAUAUGUAAUGAGCUGCUUGUUUGUUUGUGUAGACGUGCAACUACUAGGAUGAGUGUUUACAGUCUGCAGCUGCUGCAAGGAGAUCUUUAUCGAGCGUCACGUUCAGCUGCUCUUCUAAUUCAUCUUUAAUAAACUGUGUUGAUGUAAAUGUGGAAGAGAAAGCGCUGUGCUUCUGGCUUGACAUUAUUAUAUUUCUGACGGUCAGUAAAGGCCAGUGUUAGUGUCUGAAAUAUAAAUGCUCUUGACUAGAGGAAUCAUAACAGUCA